AUGAGCAACCCAUUUGCACACCUCGCUGAGCCAUUGGAUCCUGCACAGCCAGGAAAGAAAUUCUUCAAUUUGAAUAAAUUGGACGAUUCAAGAUAUGGACGCUUACCAUUUUCGAUCAGAGUUCUCCUGGAGGCAGCCAUUCGGAACUGUGAUGAAUUUCUGGUGAAGAAAAAUGACAUUGAAAAUAUCCUAAACUGGAAUGUCAUGCAGCACAAGAACAUAGAAGUGCCCUUUAAGCCUGCUCGGGUCAUCCUGCAGGAUUUCACGGGUGUGCCAGCCGUGGUAGACUUUGCUGCGAUGCGUGACGCUGUGAAAAAGUUAGGAGGAGAUCCAGAGAAAAUAAACCCCAUCUGCCCUGCCGACCUUGUGAUUGAUCAUUCCAUCCAAGUUGAUUUCAACAGAAGGGUAGACAGUUUACAGAAGAAUCAAGACCUGGAAUUUGAAAGGAAUCGAGAACGAUUUGAAUUUUUAAAGUGGGGCUCUCAGGCUUUUCGCAACAUGCGGAUCAUCCCCCCCGGCUCUGGGAUCAUCCACCAGGUGAACCUGGAGUAUUUGGCCAGAGUGGUGUUCGAUCAGGAUGGAUAUUACUACCCCGACAGCCUUGUGGGCACGGACUCGCACACCACCAUGAUCGACGGCUUGGGCGUCCUCGGGUGGGGUGUGGGUGGCAUCGAAGCAGAGGCUGUCAUGCUGGGUCAGCCAAUCAGCAUGGUGCUUCCACAGGUGAUUGGCUACAGGCUGAUGGGAAACCCCCACCCUCUGGUCACAUCCACUGACAUCGUGCUAACCAUCACCAAGCACCUCCGCCAGGUUGGGGUAGUGGGGAAAUUCGUCGAGUUCUUCGGGCCAGGCGUGGCCCAGCUGUCCAUUGCUGACCGAGCUACGAUUGCCAACAUGUGUCCAGAGUAUGGAGCAACCGCUGCCUUUUUCCCGGUCGAUGAAGUUAGUAUCAAGUACCUGGUGCAGACAGGUCGUGAUGAAGAGAAGGUCAAGUACAUUAAGAAGUAUCUUCAGGCUGUAGGAAUGUUUCGGGAUUUCAGUGACUCCUCCCAGGACCCAGACUUUGCCCAGGUGGUGGAAUUAGAUUUGAAGACGGUAGUGCCUUGCUGCAGUGGACCCAAGCGGCCUCAGGACAAAGUCGCCGUGUCUGACAUGAAGAAGGACUUUGAGAGCUGCCUUGGAGCCAAGCAAGGGUUUAAGGGGUUCCAGGUUGCUCCGGACCAUCAUGACGACCGUAAGACGUUCAUCUACAACAACAGCGAGUUCACCCUCGCUCACGGCUCCGUGGUCAUCGCCGCCAUCACCAGCUGCACCAAUACCAGCAACCCGUCCGUGAUGCUCGGGGCCGGCUUGUUAGCCAAGAAAGCCGUGGACGCCGGCCUGACUGUGAAGCCCUACAUCAAAACGAGCCUGUCUCCUGGGAGCGGGGUGGUCACCUACUACCUGCGGGAGAGCGGAGUCAUGCCCUACCUGUCUCAGCUGGGGUUUGAUGUCGUGGGCUAUGGGUGCAUGACCUGCAUUGGCAACAGCGGGCCCUUGCCUGAGCCUGUGGUGGAAGCCAUCACGCAGGGAGACCUUGUCGCUGUCGGAGUGCUGUCGGGGAACAGGAAUUUUGAAGGUCGAGUCCAUCCCAAUACCCGGGCCAACUACUUAGCCUCUCCGCCCUUGGUGAUAGCGUAUGCAAUUGCUGGGACCAUCAAGAUCGACUUUGAGAAAGAGCCACUGGGGGUGAACGCAAAGGGACAGCAGGUGUUUCUGAAGGAUAUCUGGCCAACGAGAGAGGAGAUCCAGGCGGUGGAGCGUCAGUACGUCAUCCCUGGGAUGUUCAAGGAGGUCUAUCAGAAAAUAGAGACUGUGAAUGAAAGCUGGAAUGCCUUGGCAGCCCCAUCAGAUACGCUGUAUUACUGGAAUCCCAAAUCUACAUACAUUAAGUCACCACCGUUCUUUGAAAACUUGACUUUGGAGCUGCAGCCCGCUAAGUCUAUUGUGGACGCCUACGUGCUGCUCAAUCUGGGAGACUCAGUCACAACUGACCACAUCUCUCCGGCUGGAAACAUCGCCAGAAACAGCCCUGCUGCUCGCUACUUGACUAACAGAGGCCUGACUCCGCGGGAAUUCAACUCGUACGGUUCCCGCCGGGGCAACGAUGCCAUCAUGGCCCGGGGCACAUUUGCCAACAUUCGCUUACUAAACAAGUUUUUGAACAAGCAGGCACCGCAGACGAUACACCUGCCUUCUGGAGAAGUGCUUGAUGUGUUUGAUGCCGCUGAGCGAUACCAGCAGGCGGGCCUUCCUCUGAUUAUUCUGGCCGGCAAAGAAUACGGCUCCGGCAGCUCCCGGGACUGGGCAGCCAAGGGCCCUUUCCUCCUGGGAAUCAAGGCCGUUCUGGCGGAGAGCUACGAGCGCAUUCACCGCAGUAACCUGGUCGGAAUGGGCGUGAUCCCCCUGGAGUACCUGCCCGGGGAGACGGCAGACACCCUGGGACUCACGGGGCGGGAGCGAUACACCAUCAACAUCCCAGAGAACCUCAAGCCACGAAUGAAAGUCCAGGUCAAGCUGGACACCGGGAAGACCUUCCAGGCCGUCAUGAGGUUUGACACCGACGUGGAGCUCACUUACUUCCACAACGGGGGCAUCCUCAACUACAUGAUCCGCAAGAUGGCGCAGUAG